CCCCGAGCACGGCGCCGCACAGUGCUGCGACCGCUUCAGCGAGAGUUGGUCGGUGAAGGGAAAAACCUCUUGGGGCGCAAGGGCCUCAAGGGCCUCAAGGCCUCGAGCAUAGCGGGACCUGUGAGGCCGUGGUGUCGUGUUAGAUCGAGCCGUGAGAUUGGACCGUGCGCGCCGCGAUCACGUUCGCAGGAGCGCGUCCUUACGAUCGAGCAGACGGCAUUAGUCGCGAGGGACGAAAUAUGGCGAGGGCUCGAUGACUGGGCGCAUAUAAAACCACACGAGUCCAUUGAUCCAUUGCGAGUCAUCGUCCACGUUCGCCGAAAUGAUGGAUCCGGAUUGAUUGGUGAUUUACGCAGCUAUACGAAUUCGUUAAUUUCAUUUGAAUUACUCGACGUUCGUUCGAGAACGUUCGUUGGGGCUUAACCUUCCGCGGAAGGAAAAAGCUGAAGUUUGAAAGAAGAAACUCUCGACUUGACAUUCGUUCGCGCGUGUUGAAGAACUCUGGAAGCAAAAGCGCGAAUGUGUUAAUCGUGGAGGACGUUUCUGGAAGGCGGAUCGUUCGGCAGACGUGAAGAUGAUUAAUCGCUCCGUUCUGUAGUUUAUUGACAUAAGUGUUGCUUUUUAUUUGCCAUCAAUAGGUAAUCAAUCAUGAGUCAGCAUGUAUAGCUUCGAGGGAGAUUACAGGCGCAAGCCACAGCAGAAUCUAUCAGGCGCCAGUAGACGAAACGAGAGAUCGGUUCUUCUGCAGCACGCGCACCUGGAAAGAUUGAAGCGAGAGCAGGAGCGCAAGAAGCACAAUGCGGCAUUAAAGAUACAGGCAUAUGUGCGUGGUUUUGUCACUCGUAAAGUGGUGUGUUCGCAAAAGCGGCGUGAAUUUGAUGAGGCUCAACAGGCAGUAGGACGCAGGAAUUUGAGUUUGGAGGAACUGGUGCCCUACUUGCGGAGGCUGCUGUUCUUCUACGAUUACACAGCGGACGCUAAUAGGCUCAUAUGGAUGCUCCAACAUUUUCUGAAGCAUCAGAAAGAGAUUAAACUGAAGUCGGCGAGCUCGUUGCAAUGGUUGUGGAGAUUACGAUGGAUCCUUCGUAUGUGCAUGCGGUACAACACAGAAACACUGUCGGAUGGCGCAUAUUCCUUGGCAAUACCGUUGCGAAUCCUGGAGGUGUUCACCGCGCGAGAGGACACGGAGAAAGUGUUGCGCGAGAACAGCUACCGGCACCUGGAAAACAUAUUCGUUUACCUGAUCAAGCACAAUUACUUCGAGCAGUUGAGAAAACUUCUGGACGAGAAAGUGCCACCGAUGGCGGAAGCGACGUCGGUCGCGCCGACGCCGAUCUCCAAGUGCCUGCUGGACAUGAUCAAACGACCGGUGGAUCUGAUCUCGUACGUAGAUCACAAGGACGACUUCUCCGCUCUUGUGCUGCAGAAGCUGUGCAAGAGCAUAUUCUCGCCCAGACUGACGGAUCCAAUUCGCAUGUUCGUCAUGCCGGCGUUGGCAGAAUUCAAGGACUUCCCGUACGUUCACCUGAUCGCCUGCAUCAAUCGACUCGAGCUGGAAUCCACGAUACAUCUGCUCUAUUGCGUCCUGUCGUUGGAUUCGUUUAACCAGUCCUCGUUGUACAAAUCCGAGGAUGCGUUCACGAGCUACCUGCAGGUGCUGGCAUCCCUGAGUUCGACCAUUGUGCCAUUGAUGGCCGGGCGGAGUGUCUUGGAGCAGGCUGAUAACGAUUCGGACAAUGAGUCGGACGGCGAUAUGGCCGAUCAGGAGCAGGUCGACAUUCUGCAGCACUGUAUCGAGAUGCUGAACGAGCAGCAGCGUGUAACCAGCAUAUUAUCGGCAAUCGAACAGAAUCAAGCAUAUCCUGCCGCGCUGUUGCAACCACUGUGCCGGCUGUGCCAUCAUCUACUCAUUGCCAAUAAGUUAGCGGUUCAGAAGUACAAGUUGCUCUACAUGCUCGCCUUCAAACCAAUGUUCCUCAAACAUUUGUGGACAAGUCUAGUGUCCGUCCGCCAGACGUCGUUGUUUGGCGGCGCUGCCGCUACGCCGCUGAUGCAAAUCAUAUCGCGCGGAAUCGCCCUUUCGGCGGAGGACACCGAGAGGAUAGUCCCAUUGCUGGCAGUGUUCUGUUCACUGUUCAGUCUGUUGAUCGCCACGCUGCACGACACUGAGUUCUUCCUCGAGCAGACACCCACGGCGGAACAGCCGUCGAGCAAUCGGCAGCAACAUGCCAUGCCAUUCACCACUGCGGAAUUGGCGGUUCUGGCUGGCCACUUGAAAGGUGUCUGUCUAGGUUUGGUAGAACUCGCGUUUCCCGAUUCGCGGCCCACGGUGCGCGACGACUACAAGAACGCCAUAUUGGGUCCUAUAUCCGCCGUUCAGAGUCAGCACGACACACAAAUUUGGACGCACUUGUUUAAGGUUACGGUGAGCCUGCUGCGUCAGUUGCACACGCGCGAUCUCAGACGGCAAUUCUGCCCGGAAGGCCACUGGAUCACGUCCAACGUCGUCAUUCCCAUCGACAAACCGCAGGACUUCGCGUCCCACCGUCGCAGACUGCGGGGGUACGUCCCUUUUCAGAAUCUCCGGGCUUUUACGAGGGAGGAUUUUGAGGAGGGACCGCCCCUGUCGGCAACAGAAGUGCGGACUCUUACCUUGCUGCGCGAGGUUCCGUUCGUUGUGCCGUUCAACAAUCGCGUAAUGGUGUUCCAGUCGUUGAUUUACAAGGACAAGGCGGAACAGCAGGGCGAGCUCACGCACUUUAUGCAGGGCCCGUCGAUACAGAUUUGCGUAAGACGAAACUACCUCUACGAGGAUGCCUUUGAGAAACUCUCGCCGGAGAACGAGCCGGAGCUGCGAUUGAAGAUGCGCGUGCAGCUGAUGAGCAUCGUGGGAUUGCCGGAGGCCGGCAUCGACGGCGGCGGUCUGUUUCGCGAGUUCUUGUCCGAGUUGCUGAAAACUAGUUUCGAUCCAAACCGCGGCUUCUUCAAACUCACCAAGGACAACAUGCUGUACCCAAAUCCCACGGUGCAUCUGCUAGUCGAGGACUUCCCGAAGCAUUACUACUUCAUCGGCAGGAUUCUUGGUAAAGCGCUGUACGAGAAUUUGCUGGUCGAGUUACCGUUCGCCGAGUUCUUUCUAUCGAAGAUUGUCGGCCGCCAGUCCGACGUGGACGUGCACCAUCUCGCCUCCCUUGACCCCAUCAUGUAUCGCAAUCUCCUCUACUUGAAGAGCUACAAGGGCGACGUGGCGGAUCUUGGAUUGGACUUCACCGUACUCACCGACGAGCUUGGUGAAAGACGGAUCGACGAGUUGAAGCCGUGCGGCGCCAACAUUCCUGUAACGAAUCACAAUCGCAUCGAGUACAUUCACCUGAUGGCCGAUUAUAAACUGAACAAGCAGAUACGCGCGCAGUGUUACGCGUUCAAGCAGGGAAUCGGCAGUGUGGUGCCACUCGACUGGCUGCAGAUGUUCAACAACAAGGAACUGCAAGUGCUGAUAUCGGGCGCGCAGAUUCCCGUGGACGUGAACGACCUGAAGCUGCAUACAAAUUAUACGGGUGGAUACUCACCCGAUCAUCCGACCAUCGUCGUGUUUUGGAAGGUUGUCAACGAAUUCAACGAUCAGCAGAAGGGUCAAUUGUUAAAGUUCGUCACCAGCUGCAGUCGUCCUCCUCUCUUAGGAUUCAAGGAACUCGACCCGCCGUUUUGCAUUCAGCACGCCGGCAGCGUCGAUCGUUUACCGACCUCGAGUACCUGUAUGAACUUGCUGAAACUUCCUGAGUUCCAGGAUGAGAAGACGCUGCGUGAGAAGCUCUUAUACGCGAUACAGGCUGGUGCGGGCUUCGAACUUAGUUAGAGAUUUUUCUCCAUUUCCGGCGACCAAUACUUGACCUCCAAUUGUACAUAUACGAUGUCUAACUCAACCACGAAUCUAGAGAGAAAAAUCUCCAUCGGAGGAUUAGGACUAGAAUAAAGUACGGAGUUUUGCAGAAAGGACAUGUUAAUGUUAACAGGUGGGGCCAACUAUGAAGUUAUAGAACAUAUACGGCGAUCAUCGCCGAUACCACUCCGACGGCAAUUUGUAAAAAAGAAGAAAACGUAAAAAAAGAAAGGGAUACCUACCUAUGACAUGUGACGUACAAAUAAGCGUGCGAAUAUUUUCUCGGUGUCCAUUUUUCCUACCACCUUUGGCCUACUGUUGUAAAUUAUGUAUAUUUUUAAUGUUUUAUAUUCGCCAUAGAUAUAUAUAUGUGUGUCCGCGCGCGUGUGCGCAACUACUGCUACCGUAUUCGAAGUGUAUAUGAGAGAAUAUGUAUGUAUUUAUGAGACUAUAUUGUUAAGUAGCUGUAAAUAAAGUACCUUAAAGCGU